UAGUCCUUUGAUAAUGUCUUUUAUAUGUUAUUCAAACAUCAGCAUAAAACUAAAAGUGAAGUUUAGUAGUCCCACCCUCCCCUUCCUUUGAACAGAGUUCUAAAAUAAGUGCUUUCCCUCUCAUAUUGGCUGAAUUUGUCCUGUGAUAAACGGCACAUGACUGUAUCUGUACCUCUUAUCUCUUGAGCCUGGGACUUUGAGACCAGCCUGGGCAAGAAGUAAGUAAGCAAGAGUUUUAACAUGCUAUCCAUGACGUAGCGCACACGAGCUAACAUGUCAUCAGUACUGAGUCAUCGAGCAGACUGUGUCACAUUCCAAAGUGAAGACCAGGAAUGUGUGGGUUCCCAAGUUUGCUUUAGAGGAGUCUUUCUCAUGACACUGUAAAUCUUGUAAGUUUGGAAACCCGAUCUCUCCGCCCUCUUCUUUUUGCCAGGCCUGACCUGGUAGUCCUACCUCAAAUCUCCCAAGUAUUGGCAUCACAGUGAUCUUUGGGAACUCUUCACUGAGAUGACACAGCUCUUAGGGAGCUGUGCAUACAGGCAGGGCAGCAGUUGGGAAAGCCAUCUUUAACUGGUACCCAAUGCUGCGGUUGUGCUGUCAAGUGCAUAGCAACUGUACAGCCAACCCAGUCCACCUGCCUGUUAUCAGACUCGGCUUCCUACAUCUGUAGGCUGUAGGCAAGUGGACUGGGUUCCUUCCACAAUUGCCGUGACACUAAAGGAUAAAGCCAUCAGGUAAAGACUUGACCUCUCUGCUCAUUAGAGAGAAAGAUGGCUACAGGAGAGAAGUACGCAAUUUUCUCACCUUGCUUAGAAUUCAAAGAAAACAAAUCUUAAGACUGUUUUAGUCCCCUGUUUCUGUCAUGGGAAAAUGGGCCUUCGGAAGCCCAUUAUGUUGGGUUUUAGAGAGCAGUUACCUCAUACCUUGAUUUGGUUGAGAAGAACUAAAGUGACCAGGGAUGUGAAAAGCUAGCAACACAACAGCCAGGGCUGUUACACAGAGAAACUGUUUUUGGAGGGAGGAAGGGCUGGGGAGAUGGCUUAGUGGUUAAGAACACUGGCUGUUCUUCUAGAGGAGCUGUGUUCAAUUCAUCCACAUGGCAGCUCAUACUUGCCUAUAACUCAAUCAGACACAUAGACAAACAUGUAGGCAAAACACCACUGCCCAUAAAAUAAAAAUUAAAAAUAAAGCAGAGUAUCUUCCUCAGCUGCUAGCCAUGAGACAGUCAAGUUGAAGGUGAGGUAAAGGCUGUUUAUUCUUAGCCUAACUCACGGGGUUUUUUAUAAGCCUUUCCUCAGCCACGAGGGCUUGGUAAAUGUCUGCGGAGAGAGUGGUUUUCUUUUCAAGUGAUUUUGCUUGAAAUACAGAUUUAUGUUAGGGUUUCAUGGAGACCGAUUUCUUCAGUGCUAGAGAUGGAACUCCAGGCCUCACACAUGAAGCAAGGGGUCUACCCCUAAACCACACUCCUAUUGCAAGAUUUUGUUUUGUAUCUAGUGGAUUACAGGACAGGGAUCUAUUUGAAAUCAUGAGGUAUAUUGACAUUCUGUUUCACUUGCUGUUUCUGUUUUAUACACUGCAAGUUCCCAAGCAACUCACAUUUGCAAACACAGCUAUGGAUCCACUAUUUGUCUUGACAAUAGUUACCUUGGAACUUAGGUCGAGUUUCUAUCUCCACUUCCCUGUUUCUUAAUCAUAUAUAACAUUUAUGGUAGCAGGUUGAGUUAAUGGUUUGUAGCCUAUAAUGAGAAGCCAGGAGGAAUGAGUAGUGAGGACCUGGUCACUCUGAACGUGGGAGGGAAGAUCUUCACAACAAGGCUCUCUACCCUAAAGCAGUUCCCUACCUCUCGGUUGGCAGGCAUGGUAGAUGGCAGAGACCCAGAGUUCAAGACAGUUAAUGGCCAGAUUUUUGUGGAUAGAGAUGGUGCUUUGUUUAGUUUCAUUUUAGAUUUUCUGAGGAAUCGUGAGCUUCUAUUACCGUCUGACUUUUCAGACUACCUUAGGCUUCAGAGAGAGGCGCUCUUCUAUGAACUCGAUUCUCUUGUUGAGCUCUUAAGCCAGCACCUGCUACAAUCAAGACCUGCUCUCAUGGAGGUGCAUUUCCUAAACAGAAAUACUCAAGCCUUCUUCAGAGUGUUUGGCUCUUGCAACAAAACCAUCGAGCUGCUAGCUAGAAGGAUUACAGUGUUUGUAGAGCAACCUACAGGACUGGCCUGGAGCGGUAACCCCUUCCCUCCUCAGGUGACUUUACUUCCACUGCCUCCACAAAGACCUUCUCACCAUGACCUGGUUUUCCACUGUGGCUCUGAUGGCACUAUUGAGAACCAUGCUGGAGUCAGGUACAUUUCUAUAAAGCCUGAUAACCGAAAAUUGGCGAAUGGAACAAAUGUCUUCGGCUUGCUGAUCGAUACUUUAUUAAAGGAAGGCUUUCAUCUGGUCAGCACUAGAACACCAGCCUCUGGAGACAAAAGUGAAUGCUAUGUCUUUGAAAGGAUAAAACGCCCUCAAGUCCUUGGGGAGAAUUAAACACCAAAACCAGAAAAUACCACCAUACCACCGCCAUCCCAGAAGUAACACUGUAAAAAGACAGUAAAGGGAACAUGCUCUUCUUGUUUGGAAAUUCCCUACCUAGAGCAUGUGUGCCUUCAGAUUUGGACUUGGUCUGACUUUGGAUGUUCUCUUCUACCUGCCUUUUUGCCCUGGGCAACCCAGCCCGUCAAGCUUAAAGCUACCCUGCAGACUCUCUCAAAACAACACUGCACAGGGGGUUUAGCACUUGCUCCUUCAAGGCCUUUCACCAUGAAAUCCCAUAGCUUUUAAAAAUGGGCUCUGGACUGUGUCUGAGUCUAGUCAUUUAUUAGCUAUGUGGCUUAAGUGAGGCAUUUCUGUGUUUCAACUUUAUCUAUUAACUAGGGAGAAAAGAGUAUCCCCUCAUAGUUAUGAGAGUGUUGUUAAAGGGAACAAAGUUCUCAUUAUGUUGCCUGGCAUGUGGUAGGCACUCAGUAACUGUUAAUAAUGAUAAUGAUCAUGGGUCACUUGCUUUCAAACCAAUCUCUUCUGAGGCCUUGUUUUCUCCCUUCCCCUUGUUUACCUGUAGUGUCAGUGACUGAAACCUCUGACUAACCUGUACUCCCCAGCAGCUGAUCAUUCUGCUUAGACUUGUAUAUCAUCAUAAAACCAUGUCUCCCUUACUUAAAUAUAAGACGUUUGAGAAGUUUCUAAUGGUACUAUAUAUACAGUAUUGUGCUAAACUUAUAAAUCAUACAGUAUCUAAAUUUGGUGAAGUUUUAGAAUAACAUUUAAAACAUA